AACUACCGCGUGUCACGUGAUACAGGCAACAGCGAUGGCGGCGGAGGCCGCGGUUCGGGUGUCGGAGCUGCCCCUGGAGCCGGAACUGGAGGCGGAACUGAGCCCCGGUCCCCCUGACCCCGAGCUGGACCUUGGGGGGGACGAUUUGGUGUUGGAUGAAGUGGACGUUCACAUCCAGGCCAACCUGGAGGACGCGCUGGUGCAGGAGGCCCUGAAGACGGGUGUGGACCUGCGGCAGUACUCCAAGCAGGUGGAGCUGGAGCUGCAGGAGGUGGAACGCGCCUCAAUCCGGGACUACAUCAAGGAGAGCGAGAACAUCGCCUCGCUGCACAACCAGAUCACCGCUUGCGACGCCAUCCUGGAGCGCAUGGAGCAGAUGCUGAGCGCUUUCCAGUGCGACCUGAGCAGCAUCAGCUCCGAAAUCCGGACGCUGCAGGAGCAGUCGGUGGCCAUGAACUUGAGGUUAAAGAAUCGCCGAGCCGUUCGACGGCAACUGGGCCAGCUCCUGGAUGAGCUGGUGGUCCCCGCCGCCAUGAUCAGCACCAUCCUGGAGGCGCCGGUGACGGAACCGGAAUUUUUGGAGCAGCUGCAGGAGCUGAACGGGAAAAUCAACUCGGUGAAGGAACAAGCGUUCAGGGAGACCGUGGCCUGCGCCGACGUCCAGCACGUCCUGGAGAAGCUCAAGAUUAAGGCCGUCACCAAGAUCCGGGAGUUUGUCCUGCAGAAGAUUUAUUCUUUCCGCAAACCCAUGACCAACUACCAAAUCCCCCAAAACGCUUUGUUGAAGUACAGGUUUUUUUAUCAGUUCCUGCUGGGUAACGAGCGGACGGUGGCGCAGGAGCUGCGUGAGCAAUACGUGGACACCAUGAGCAAGAUUUAUCUCUCCUACUUUAAAUCCUACACCAGCCGCCUCAUGAAGAUCCAGUACGAGGAGGUGGCGGAGAAGGACGAUCUCAUGGGGGUGGAGGACACGGCCAAGAAAGGUUUCUUCUCGAAACCUUCGCUGAAAAACCGCAACACCGUUUUCACCCUGGGUAACCGGGGAAGCGUCAUUGGGGCGGCCGAGCUGGAGGGUCCCAUCAUCGUACCCCACGCCGCGCAAAAAAGCGACGUGAGGUACCCCUUCGAGUCGCUGUUCCGCAGCCAGCACUACGCUCUCCUGGAUAACAGUUGCCGCGAGUAUUUAUUCCUCUGCGAUUUUUUCAUGGUGACGGGGCCGAGCGCUCAAGAUCUUUUCAACGCCGUCAUGGGCAAGACCUUGGCUAUGUUUCUGAAACACAUGGACACCUACGUCUACGACUGCUACGACGGCAUCGCCGUUUUUCUCUGCAUCCACAUCGUCCUGCGCUUCAAAGCCAUCAUGGCCAAGCGCAACAUCCCCGCCGUCAAUAAGUACUGGGACACGCUGCUGGAGAUCCUGUGGCCUCGCUUCGAGCACAUCCUGGAGCUGAACAUCCAGAGCAUCCAGAGCACCGACCCCCAGAAAUUGGGGUUCCUCGACACGCGGCCUCACUACAUCACCCGCCGCUACGCCGAGUUCUCCUCCGCCAUCGUUAGCAUCAACCAGACCUUCCCUAACGAGAAGACCCACGCGCUGCUGGGGCAGCUCCAGGUGGAGGUGGAGAACUUCGUGCUGCGCGUGGCGGCCGAGUUCUCCUCCCGCAAGGAGCAGCUCAUCUUCCUCAUUAACAACUACGACAUGAUGCUGGGAGUCCUGAUGGAGCGAGCGGUGGAGGAGAGCAAAGAGGUAGAAGGUUUCCAGCAGCUGCUCUCUGCCCGCACCCAGGAAUUCAUCGAGGAGAUCCUUUCCCCCCCCUUCGGCGGGAUGAUCGCCUUCGUUAAGGAGGCCGAGGCGCUGCUGGAGAAGGGGCAGCUGGAGCGGCUGCGUGGGGAGGAGGCUCGCGUGACGCAGCUGGCGCGGGGUUUCUCCGCCACCUGGAAGGCGUCGGUGGAGUCGCUCAGCCAGGACGUGAUGCGUUCCUUCAGCAACUUCAAAAACGGCACCGGCAUCAUCCAGGGUGCCCUGACGCAGCUGAUCCAGUAUUACCACCGGUUUCACAAGGUGCUGGCGCAGCCCCCCCUGCGCUCGCUCCCCGCCCGCGCUGACCUCAUCAACAUCCAUCACCUCAUGGUCGAGCUCAAGAAGCACAAACCCAAUUUUUAAGGGGGGACACACACACACGACACCCCACAAAGCCGUUUGGCCGCUGUCCUGUCCCCUGUCCCCCCCCCCAGCUGGCUGCUGUCACCCCCAGGGGUGACAAUCCCCCCCCCCAACACUUUGCCGUACGUGGAUAAAGGACAGGAGGUGCAGGAGC